AUGUCGAGUAACAGAAACUACGACUUCCUGAUCAAGCUCCUGCUGAUAGGCGACUCGGGCGUGGGCAAGUCCUGCUGCCUGUUGCGCUUCAGCGAGGACUCCUUUACGCCGUCGUUCAUUACGACCAUUGGCAUCGACUUCAAGAUCCGCACCAUCGAGCUCGACGGCAAGCGCGUCAAGCUGCAGAUCUGGGACACGGCCGGCCAGGAGCGCUUCCGCACCAUCACCACCGCCUACUACCGCGGCGCCAUGGGCAUCCUGCUCGUCUACGACGUGACCGACGAGCGCUCCUUUAACAAUAUCCGCACCUGGUUCGCCAACGUCGAGCAGCACGCCACCGAGGGCGUCAACAAGAUCCUCAUCGGCAACAAGUGCGACUGGGAGGACAAGCGCGUCGUUUCCACGGAACAGGGCCAGCAGCUCGCCGACGAGCUCGGCAUCCCCUUCCUCGAGGUCUCCGCCAAGAGCAACAUCAACAUUGACCAGGCCUUCUACUCACUGGCCGCCGACAUUAAGAAGCGCCUCAUCGACAACCAGAAGAGCGAGGCCGGCGCGGGCGGCGCGUCCGGCGGUGCGGGCGGCGUGCCCAUCGCGCAGGCGGGGGGCAGCGGCGGCAAGUGCUGCUAG